CUUGGCGGAGGACGACGACGACGAACAGAGAGAAGCGCAAAUAUCAGAGAGAGUAAGAGAGAAGAAGCAGAGGAAGAAUAAAAAAUCUUACCUUUUUGCCUAACUGUGAAGAAUACAGAGUGUAAAAUGCAGUGUUUAUGAAUUGUGAGCUGAAAAGGACGAAGCUUUAGGAUUUUGGGUUCGUCGUCUUUUCUAAAUUGAUUACUCAGGAUGCUUUGCUUGAGAUAUUCAUUACCUUAUCUUCUUCAAACAAAGGAAUCAACCAAGCUCUUCUCCAAAAGGCCUAACAAUGUUGUGAUUUGUGCAGCGAGAGGUCCAAGACCUCGGUCUCCUCGAGUUUGGAAAACAAGGAAGAGGAUUGGAAGUAUCUCCAAGGCUGCUAAAAUGAUUGAUUGUAUAAAAGGAUUGUCGAAUGUUAAAGAAGAAGUUUAUGGCGCUCUUGAUUCCUUCAUUGCUUGGGAAUUAGAGUUCCCUCUUGUUAUAGUUAAGAAGGCAUUAGUUAUACUUGAAGAUGAAAAAGAGUGGAAGAAGAUUAUUCAGGUGACGAAAUGGAUGCUGAGUAAAGGCCAAGGAAGAACAAUGGGAACUUACUUCUCAUUACUCAAUGCAUUAGCAGAAGAUAAUCGACUUGACGAAGCUGAGGAGUUGUGGAACAAAUUGUUUAUGGAACAUUUAGAAGGAACUCCAAGAAAGUUCUUCAACAAAAUGAUCUCUAUAUAUUACAAGAGAGAUAUGCACCAAAAGCUCUUCGAGGUCUUUGCUGACAUGGAGGAACUUGGAGUGAAACCAAACGUUGCCAUUGUGUCUAUGGUUGGAAAAGUGUUUGUGAAGUUAGGGAUGGAGGAUAAGUACGAGAAACUAAUGAAGAAAUAUCCUCCACCACAAUGGGAGUUCAGAUACAUCAAAGGAAGACGCGUUAAGGUUAAGGCAAAACAGCUAAAUGAGCUAAGUGAAGGUGAAGGCGGCGUAAGCAGCGACGAAGAUAAGGUUGAUAAUGAGAUUGAGAGUAAAUCCAAAAUGUUGUCAGAUAAGGAAGCAAACCAAGAUGGUGAGGAUCUCAGUGAAGAGAAGGAAGAAGAAGAAGAAGAAGAAGAAGAAGAAGAACUUUUGCGUAUGAAUCAAGGGCAGAUUGGAAUUUCUAGGGAACCCUCUUUAGAUUAUUUAGACUCUUCUUGACUUAAAAGUGUUUGCGUCAUGAGCUUUUGAGAUCGUAUCCACCGUUGGAUCAUGUAAGGAAAAGAUAUCGACGGCCAAAGUUCCUCAAAAAAGCAUUCUGGUACUGAGCUUGGGUUUCUGACAAGAAAGAUUUUGAACUUUUGAGGUUUAAGAGCUUUGAAGAGUGAAAACAAGAUAUAAAUUUAAGAGUCAACUAAAAAGAGUAUAAACCUCAGCAAAAGAACAAAUACUGUAAAAGUCUUUUGAAUUGAGUAUGACUGUGUAAGCACUGAAGAGAGAACCUAUUGUAUUUCAAAUCAUAAUUACUCCUCAAUUGUAGUUUCA